AUGGACGUUGUCGACUCCGUGGUGGACCCCCUCCGCGAGUUCGCCAAGGACAGCAUCCGCCUCAUUAAGCGCCGCCACAAGCCCAACCGCAAGGGUAAGGACCAAACACUCGCGCCUUCUCAUCCAGAUCCGGUUCGUUUUCCUCCUUCGCCAGAUCUGACGCUGAUUCGGCGCGCAGAGUUCCCCAAGGUGGCGGCACGGACGGCGACCGGGUUCGUCGGCUUCUUCUUCAAGCUCAUCUUCAUCCCCAUCAACAACAUCAUCGUUGGCUCCGGCUAG